UAGUAUAUCAAUAUCUACAGUCUGUUCACAGUGUUUUAACGGAAACUAUCAGCAAUCAUACCUGUCACAUAAUUUUUCUAAUGAAAAAAAUAAUUACUGGCUGAUAUCUGUUUACAUUCGUAUGCUCCGGAUGAGGAGAAAUAUUUUCAUUCACCAGAAAAAAGCACAAUUGUGGCACUUUGUUGCUUAGUCGAUUUUUUUUUUCCUAAAUCCCAGGCCUAACAUCUGACGUUACUUAACCUUGCAACAAUUGAUAGUUGAAGAGACGUAGUGGGUAAUUUCUUCGGUGUCAUUUAACCCAGGAAAAUGACUAGAAAACCAAACACUGCUACUCGACGGCUAAGACAGGAUUAUAUGAGGCUGAAAAAAGAUCCAGUACCAUAUAUAAUUGCUGAACCAAAUCCAUCAAAUAUCCUCGAAUGGCACUAUGUGGUUAAAGGACCAGAGAGUACACCAUACAAUGGUGGUUUUUACCAUGGGAAAUUGAUAUUUCCUGGGGAAUUUCCCUUCCUACCACCCAGCAUCUAUAUGACAACACCAAAUGGUAGAUUCAAAGUCAAUACUAGAUUAUGCCUAUCUAUUUCUGAUUUUCAUCCCGAUACAUGGAAUCCAGCAUGGAGUGUUUCAACAAUUCUAGCUGGUUUAUUAAGUUUUAUGAUAGAGAAAAGUCCCACGCUUGGUAGUAUUAACACAACUGAUUGGGAGAAACGGCAAUACGCACAUCAAAGUUUAGAAUUCAAUUUGAGAGAUAAAAUGUUUUGUGAAUUAUUUCCAGAAACAGUAUUGGAAAUUCGCCAUGAAUUAGAGCGACGGCAAGAAUUGGAUCAACAAAUAAGGCAUCAAUCGACUACAUCGGAAAUGUCAUCCUUGAUUCGAGAACAGUUUCAACGAGAUCAAAGUCCAUUAAAUGGUGCUAUGACAAAUUUAGCAAUAAUAGUUGGUUUCGCAGCGUUUGCAUACGUUGUUAAAUAUGUUCUUCGAAAUAUCGCAUGGGAAUAAAUCCAAUUUUUAUCAUUCAGAUACAAUGGUCGCGUAUGCAACAAUUAUUGGAGUUUGAACAGCAAUUCAUUAAAAUAAUUACCGUGAAAACAUUCACGAGCUUCUACCUUUUCCAAUUAAUUUCAGUCAAUCUCAUCGUUAUUCCUUUUGAUAUCAUUCAGAGGGUUUUUUUUUUUUUUUCUAAAUCUGCGGUUCGAAUCAAACUUCACAUAGUGCAUUUAUUCAAUUCCUUCAUAUUCCUUUCAAUUGUUUCAAUCAAUAGGCUGUGCUCGUGUCACCACAUUAAUAUAAAAAAUUACUACAUAAUUCUUUUCGAAAUUUCUAAAGAGUGAAGACAAAAUUUCAGUUAUAAUAACUUGUCACUUUGUGGAAAAAUUUUCAAGUUCUUCCAUUAGUGCCUCUUUACCAAAGAGCCCCUCUCAUCUCAAUAAUUAUAACUCCAUCAGUAGUUCUUUCAUUUUUUAUUCUUGUUUUUAUCUUAGCCAAAAACAGACAA